UCCGCGACACCGUGCAGGAAGGUACCGUUCUCUCUGCGUUCACGGGGCUCGUCUCGACGCAGCGAGUGCCUCUUAAACCAUUGCUCGAGUCGCUCCUCAACGGAGUAACGCGUGUCGGCCUACGAUCAUAUCGAGGCGAGAAGUCAACGAAGAAGUUUUCUCAGUGUUCUAUCGUCCUCUUGGAUUUAUACAGAAACCGAUAUAUCGGUUCGGAUCUUGAUCGAACAAGUGAGAGAGCGUCGCUCCGUUUCACUGGUUAUGCGACCCGUGCGGAUCCUAAGUGCGUGAGAAAGUAUACGGGGGUGUGUUCCGGGUGUAAAAGGGCACCGCUCCAUUUCGCUAGAUUUCUGGUGUUGGUCCACCCGUGAGAUUUCACAGUGCGAUCUCUGACGACUAGAGUUUCUUGUUCCUUGUUCCUGGUAGCUGCCAGGAUUGUCACAGAGGAGACUGGUGCUUUUAUUGUUCAGUGAGAGUUUGCAUUUACAGUGAGAAAUCUUCGAUAGUUAUUUAGCCGAAGGUUUUCAUUCAUCUGAAAUAACGUCGAUCCGAGAGAAAAGGGUCGCUGGUGAGAUGCUUGGCAGGUUCACGAUUGUACGGUGAUUCGCGUGAUCCCGUCGCUGAGCGUCGGAUACUCUUACUGUCUGCGAACGACAGCCUUCCAUCUAUCAAACGGUGGAUUUUUCGUAAAAUCAUCUCUCCGAUGCGCCGCAUGUUCGACGAAGCUAUUAGAUAGAAUCCUCUAUCGACAGUUCGUCGUCGUUUCUAUCGGAUUCCGGCAAAGUUAGACCAAUGAGAGGGCCAGUAAGGUGCGCUCCAGGUGAGAGAAACACGGGGUGGACCCAUGGAACGCGAACCACGGUGGACACCGUUGGAAACAGAACACCGGAGAAAUUUCGCCGAUUCUAACGACCAAUCGCGCAUCACCGACGAUUUCAUCAAAGAAUUUCGCCACUCGUCAAGUCAACGUUCGACGACUUUCUCGAUCUGUUAGACGCUCCGGUAGAACACACGGAACCAGAGGAGCGUGCAAAAAACGUGGGAAGAUUUGUUGGUCGUUGAAAGUUCGACGAAAGCUGAGAGUUGUGAGAGGAAUGUAUCGAGGAUAAAGAGGGACGAACGAGGAUACGCGAGUCCCAGAAUUUCGAUCUUCGACGUGAGAAAAAUAGGAAAAAAAAGAGAUAGGACAGGAAGAAGAAGAAGAAAAGAAAACGAGAACCGAUUCUAACGAAAAUAGUGAAGUGUGGAUGUGGUGUCCGUGCAACAGUGGUGGAAGGUGGUUGUGGACGACAACAACAAAAGUGCAGGUGUCGUUGUUUGUUAUUCUUGUUUUUGUCGUGGUUGUUUGUUGAUUGUUGUAUUCUUGGUGAGCAGUGGUGACGCGGUGCACGCUGCUCGUUCGUCCACGUUGUUACGAUGGUUUCCACGUCCUUUGUAACUUUGGUGUUCUUCGUCUGCCUGCAAACGAUUCUACUCUCCACUGUGAGCAACUGCGCAAAGACGAUCAGCAUGUACUGGAACACCACCAAUUCCAUAUUUCGAAUAGACAACACAGACCACAUAAUAGACGUGAACAAGAACAACGCGGCGUUCGAGUACGAUCAAGUGAACAUAAUAUGUCCUGUGUACCAGCCAGGGACAUAUGACGAGGACGCGGAGAAGUAUAUUAUUUAUAACGUGUCUAAAGAGGAAUACGAAACAUGUCGGAUAACGAAUCCAAAUCCACGGGUGAUAGCAGUCUGCAACAACCCGUAUAAGACCAUGUACUUCACGAUCACCUUCAGGCCGUUCACACCGCAACCUGAAGGCCUAGAGUUCCUGCCAGGCCACGAUUACUAUUUCAUCAGCACUUCGUCCAAGGACGACCUUCAUAAACGCAUCGGUGGACGAUGCACCAGUAACAACAUGAAGGUGGUCUUCAAGGUGUGCUGCCGCAACGAGGCUGACACCUCGUCGUCAUCGGCUACAUCGCGCAACAAUUCCGUAGCUGUAACCAGCAGCACCGUGCCAAGCAGCAGCUCGACCAGCACCGCAGUUUUGGGUGGAGGAGCCGUCGGAAUACCACCCCCGCCACCACCGAGCGUCGUCAAGAACGGCGGCCCAGAUCGAUUCUACCCAGGGGGCAGCAUUCAUCAUCAUCACGAUCAUCAUCAACCGGCCACGGCGGCGCCGACCCUGCCCCACGUACCCCCUCCGGCUAUCUACCCUGUGCAUCCGCAUCAGCCUCCGAUUCACAAUGGACCGCCGUCCUCCUCGCCGCCCAAGACCUCGAUCGGCCAAAAGAAGAAGAACAAGGAAUAUUCAGACCAUCCGAACGAAGUUGUGAAGAACGAAGAAUUGACCUACAACGGGGCGAGUUCAAGCCGUGUUCAAGAUCGGUACUACCAGCUGGUGAUGGUGCUGACGGGAAGCUUGUUUAUCAGCGCGAUCAUGCCGCAAUUAUUACGGUGAAGCGACAACACUACCGACGAGAACGUAUAUCCCAUACGUCGAAACCCCUUUUUCUGUGAUUAUCCUACGUUUAAUUAAUUUCUUGAGGCACGCGUGCGCGCGCGCGCGCUCGCGUGGCCGCCCCUCAAUCGUGAAAAAUAAAUGAAAAAUAAAACGCGCACGAUUUAUGGUCGGACUGCCUCGAGAGAGAAAGAGAACGAGAAAAUUUAAUCGGGAAGGAAGAAAGACAAAAACGAACAACAAUUGUUUAGAGAAAAAAGAAAAAUUAAAUGAAAAUAAAAGAGGAUGCGAGUUAUAAGAAGAACGAAGAGUUGGCAGAAAAUAAUAAAAAAGAAAAUAAACGUAAAUGUCAAGAGAAGAGACACGCACGACACACGAGCAGCAACGCCAUAUUGAAACUAUUCGAAAACGAAGAACGAAGACGUAGAUAGUAAGAUUACAAAGACGAAGAAAGAUGAAACGAGGAGAAACGCUACUAUUAGACACUAUUAUAGUAUGCCCACUAUUAUCACUACUAUAAAUGGUAGUCGUAUUGGUUGUCCUUCUUAUCAUUACGCUAAUUCUAGGUAUUUAUUGGAAAUACGAGGAAAGAGAACGAAGUCGUGGACAGCGUGCUAAAUAUCCUCGAGCGAGGCAUACGCCGCAUAGUGAAUAAAUACGUCCGUCAAAGAAAAGCGGGAAAGUUCUUUCGUUUAAGUAUCAUAACCUCGCGCGUGAGGAUUUCGAAUGAUAAUAUCGUACGACUGACAUCGACGUUGAUUGACGAACGGUCCUCUGUCAUCUAUGCCUCGAUUGCUUGAGAAUUAAUAUUGUACUUGAAAAGUCAAACGAUUAAGUUAACUUAGAAACUUAUAUGUAUAUAGAGAAUCAAUUACUUACUAGGUUAGUAUGAUUUAAAACUUGCCAUCUUAGUAGAUGUAUCACUUAGCACAUUUUUCUGUUAAUAUUUUCAGUAUCACGUUCGCGUAAAUGUAGAUACGUCAUUUGUUUAACUGAAGAUUUCAGAUCAAUCACGUGACUUAUUUGCGAUUAGUCGCGAUGGUCGCGCCAAUAUUCGGAUCGAAAUCUAUCGAAGGAAACAAUCAUGGCGGAGAGUCGUUCGGGUUGCGUAAACAAUCGCGAACAGGAUAAUUAGCACGCGUGUAAAUAAAUUCCUAAUGAAUAUGUACAAGUGGCUCUUGCCUCGUCUUCGGGGCAGAGGAAUUUAAGAGAGUGCCGUAUACUAGGUAAAAUCUUAUAUAUGACACACGGAAGAGUGCGAUACAGCGUGAGUGAAAAUUUCCGAGUGUGACAGAGUAUGACGUGUGUGGGUGUAUUGCGAGGCGUAUGUGAACAUUCGUGAACACAAAGAUCGCCCAUUUGGAUAGGACACAAAACUGUGUAAGGUGCGAUAAACUUUUGUAAGUUCCGCCCGCGGUUCUCGCAAUCGUGACACUUUCGCGAACACGUGAAGUAUUGUCGGCGAAGAAAUUCGAAAAUUCCUCUCUUCGACCGAGUUCGUCGAAGGGAAAUGGCGAACGAACGAACGAACGAAAGUAUGGUAUGUAAUGCGUGAGAGAGACUGAUCGCGGAGCGAACGAAAUAAAAAUUUUUGUAUCAUAGUUGUACCAUACCGAACUUUAUCUAUAGAUCUGUAUUAUAUUUAUUAUCCGCUAUCAUUACGCUACGAAUAAUCACACUCGAUAUUCUAUAUUUACUAGUAAAAAAUAUCAAAUUUAAUAGCGAAUAAAUUGCGUAUUCGGCGGGGUAAUGAUAAAAGAAACGACAUGACGCGAGCAAAACGAUGAAUUCUCGACCCCUGUCAUCAUCGGAUCUGCCAUUUGUUGUUUCCUUCUAUUUUCUUUAAUUUUCUUCGUGCUGUAUUGCUCGAAAACGUCGAACACGCGCGUUCGAGUGCUUAUUUCGACGUGUGCUCGCUAUUUCAAUAAAUUGGCCGUGCGAUGGUCGGUUUCAUUUUGUCGAUUUCGGUAUCGUCUUUUGUGCUAUGUACAUCGUUCUUUUCGAUUGUCCCUAUGAUUCUCCUGUUUUUUUUUAUACUCUAUUUAUUGUUCACCGCCACGCAGAUUUCGUUUCCAUCCGCGUACUGACGAACGUACGCGCAUGCAAAUCGCAUUUAUUUGUAAAACGUACGGGAUUACAUGUAUACAUGCACAGUGGUCACGAUCGUUACACGCGAUCCCGCUCUGAUUUGUCGCGUACGUCGAUAACGACGCCCUCUUCGCUAACGUUCAAGCUCUGUUCACGCUGCGAUCGCAGCCGAUUUUCGUUACGAACGCCCAUUAACGUAUAACAUUGUACACGUAUCCUGUACGUAUCCGUAAGAACAUGUUUCGCUCGAUCACGAUCACGGAUCCAUAUUUCUAUAGAUCACACAAUUUUACCAUAAUCACACGACAAACGUUAACUAUGUGUCUCAGAUUUUAUCGCGCGGAAUACAUUGUACCGGCAAUUAAUUAUAUAGUGCGCGCGCAUCUUGCGCAUGUCCCGUAUCGUAUCGUAUAAACGUAACUUGUAAUCUUUAAAAUUGCGUUCCCGCCAAUACAUUCGAUGAUUGGCCGCACGGCUACGAUGGCGCUAUUUUAUUGCUUGCGUACUUACACAACUCUUAUUUACGCGCAUUUCAUCUUCCAGAAUGCAAAAUUAUCGCUUUUGUGUCCGACGUCUAGUUUGGCGAUCGACCAAUCAUAAUACCAAACGUAUCUACCGAUUCUGUAUCUGCGAUACGAACAACACGGCGAAUAUAAUUACAUACAACCUGGUCUUAAAAAUGGAUCCGUGAGCAUCAGUGUGAAUGGAGCUUAAUAAGUGCACAUAGUUGUUUCCGCGCGCGUAAAAAUGCACACACUGCGACCGAAGAGCGUUCGAGGCUCGAGGAUGCGAAGGGAAGAAACAACAACGAGCAAAUGAUCGUUUCACGUUGGCCACGGGAAAAAGAGUUCGACCGAACGGCAACUAGAGUAACGAAUUAUUGUAAAUACGAAUAUGCGGAGAGAAUUACGUAUUGUAUAAGGCAGAGCGAGAGAAUGUAAGAAAGAUUAAUGAGAGCGCAAGGGAGAGAGAGAGAGAGAGAAAGAGACCCCAAUUCCGAAUCGUAGAUAAUAAAGAAAAAAUGUAUUCUGAUGGCUGCUCGAUUGACCGACUCGUUUUCAUCGUUCAUUGAUGGUUCAUCGUCCUUAAUUAUACGCGACAAUUAAAAUGGAAAUCAAUGACCACGAUCAGCCGGGAAUGUUGAGGGAAACGAUGGAAAUUAAAUGCGUGUAUAAUGUUAUCCAUUACAGUAUUGUAAGCCUAAGUAUUACAUGCCUCCGAUCCACGUCUGUUUGUCUGUCUGUCCGUUCGUCUGUCUACAGUUUGUACUUUUUACCCAUGUGUUAACCGCAAUAGCAAUUUCGUACACGUACGAGCGAUCGAUUACGAGAAAGCAGUUCGCGACGAUACCUGCGAUUCCACGAUUCUUAGCAUGUAGAUUUCUCACAAAUGAUCAUAUUUUCGUUUCGUUAACUAUAGCUGCUACGAUGACAGUUUCUUUUAGUUUCUCUCUAGUCGUUUUCGUUCGCACACACAUGUAUACACGUGGAAUUGUUUGUGAGCCGCUGAUCAACCCGCAAAACGAAACCCAAAGACAAUCACCUGCACCAUUGUAAGGAAAAGCAUUCGAAGCGCCUCUGCGUAGAUCAGUCGUCAACUAUAGCGUCACGAUAUCAUUUAGGUAUAUACGAUUCGUUAACCCUCUCACACGAAGUAGAAGUAAUUUAAUACACGAUUGUACAAAACGUUUCUCGUACAAGUUCGCUUUGCGGGUCUCAGAGGAUAUUACAUACAGUAACGUACAUUUGUAAAGGGACGCAAAUAGUAGAGUGCGUUUACGUUUCGAUCAGCAUGAUCGACGAUCCAUGUAACGGUUGCACACACGUCUUGAAUCGUGGAUGUAUCGAUAGAACUGCUCCGGGCGGCGAAUUAUCGAUCGACUCGAAUUAAUCGAAUUAAUCAGAGCCAGCAUGAAAGCCCGUAAUCAAUUAAACAUAAAUGCAAUAGCAAUGCAGCAAAGUUACAUAGAUCCAAUGUGAAUGGUACUCAUUCUUACGGACGAUAGAUGAAUACAGUAUAACAAUAAUAUAGACUCGAACUAUCGAUAGAAAAUAGACAAGGUCACUCACUGCAAUAUUUUUUUAUUUUUCUCUCCUUCAUUUAUCUUUCUUCUUUUCUUCUUUUUUUUUCGUUUCGACCGAUCCGCUCCGAAAGCACCCUCCGAUCCAUCCGUAACACCAAUCCCGACCACCACCACCACCACCACCACCAUUACUACAGACCACAACGUGAAACGCUGCUCCUCGAAAGUUAUUUUUGUAACCAUGAACAGAGACAAGCAUCGUACCAAUAAGGUAUUUAAAUCGUUAGUAGAAAGUAUAUGUAGAUACUCGAUAUAAUAGAAAGUUUAACGACACCGAUAUAACAGAAACAUACAAGAAUAAUCAUAAGGUCGAUGAACCUGAAGAUUACGAUUAAUUAGAUCGCGCGUUAAGAUUAGUCUUCGCUCUUAAUCGCGUAUACAGACCGAUAUACAGGUACGCGUAAGUACGUAGACGCGUUGCAGAUCGCACGUUUCGAGCAGAAAUACACGAAGAACAAAACGAGGAACAGGUUUCACAGUUUUCUAAUCCAAAGACGUUCGAACCUCCCCUUCAUUGCGAUUUUUAUCGUUCAUUUUUGCUAUUUCAUUGUGUUAUCCUCUCGUGUGCGUGUUUUGGAACAAUGUCAAGAGAUUAGAGGUCUUCGCAGGUGGAGAUCACAGCAGGCGACUAUUCGUACGCGAAAAGGGCUUGUUCCUCUCUUCUCGAGACAGGGGGUAUAAUGGGGAUGAGAUAAAACGGGCAGUAACGAGAAAGAAAGAAGUAACAGGGAUGGGAAAGGAAAAAUAUGAAAGGAUCGAUUAAUUAGAUUUACCGCGUCGAAUUGAUAACGUCGCGGAUUUAUCGAGCGCGAAAAUGGGAUCGAGAUGAUUUCGUAGGUACGUCGUUGUAAAUAGAGAAAUGAAGAAAAACAAGAAAAAGAUUACGAUCAAUAACGAUAACACGAUGAAAUUUAUAUUAAAUACAUAGCAAGUAUGAGGAUAGGUUUCUAAUAACAAUUUAUUAUAAAAGUGAAUGUACGUUGAUGUCUAAGAUUUUUAACAAGAUGGAAAAAAAAAAGAAAAAACACAAAGUGGUUAUUAUUAAACUAUGAUUAUUAACUCAUAAUCGAGAAACACAAGUACUAAUUAAACAAAAGAGCGUUUGAAUACAGAACCACACUUUUUAGCCAGGUCAUGAAUUCUCUCACGUUGCAUAUAUUAAUUUUGUAACAGGUACAUUACAUGACACAUACGAUCACGGUCACGGAAGCCAUACGGGAGGUGCCACGUUAUCACCGGAGCAACCGUUAGAUCAUUUCUUUUCUCUCUCCUGAACACGGUACACGUAUUUACAUAUAAAUUAAACAACAGUCGGGAUAUCAUGUUUAUAAAAUGAGAAGAAGAAGUCGAAAGAUGAUAUCACGCAGUUUAUUCGAUCAAUCGAUACGAUAUAUCGAGGAUAAGAAAAAAAAAAUAUCAAAACCAGCUUGGAGAAAGAAAGUAUCUACGGUUUGAAUAGUUCGAUCGGUUAGCGUUGUCUGACAAUCAAACGACCUAGUUUCCAAUUACGACGCAACAAUAUUUAUUCAGCAAUUAUCUCUCUUUUGCCUCACCUCCACUCGAUCUAAAUUUGAACCAAGUAAACAGAUAAAAAGGAACAGCUGAAAAAAAUUGUAAAAAUAGUAACGCGGUCCACGUGUGGCAUUCGUGAACAGGAUCAAUCAAUUAUAGAUUGCGUGUGCUCGCUAAGUAUGCACGUUCAGUACAGUACAGUCGUUCAUUACAAAGCAUUACAGAUACAAUACAAAGUAGCGUAGUGUUCAUAAUGGUAGUCCACUUGUAGCGAAAUAGUGUUUAAACAGUCCAAACAGACAACCAAACAACCAAAAAAAAAAAACCGGAAAAACGACAUAAUCGUCAAAAAAAUUACAGGUAACCAUAAAAAGUACACAGUAAACGUGAAUCGAUCUUCAUGAAGUACGUGCAAGACACGCACACACAUGUACACACUACGACACUUGCACACGACACAUAUACAUGUAUAUUGGCACAUAUUGCGAUACAAACAGUUUCAAACACUGUCGAGGGCGUCGCGAGAAAAGGUGCGGCGUUACUCUAAAGAUAUGAAGAAAAAAAAAAGAAAAAAAAAGUAUAUAUUUAAAUGUACACUCAUACACAGAUACAGAGACACGAUAUACACAUAUGCAAAAGCGACGCGACUUCGACGACCACGCGACGUAAAACGCAAAAGCGCGUGAAUUCACUCGCAGAAGCAGAGAAAGAAAGAAAGAAAGACGAAAGGUGGAAAAGAGGGUCGACGAUGCUCUAAACGUAAACUCGUCGGCGUCGCGCGAUUUAUAUAGCUAUAUUGUAUUAUGCAUGUCGAUAUACGGUCACAUAUAACGAUGGAAAAUGAAAGUAAACCAAACGAAACAAAAUGAAAAAAAAAAAAGUGAAAAAGUAACUGGAAAAUGUUAAAAUGCCGGACAGGGAGACCGGGCGUCCCCCGAUAAAAUAAUAAUAAUACACGUACAUACUCACUCACAUAACACAUACAAAGUACGUCGACGCGUACGACGAAAUACGUCGGCGUCGAAACGUUUCAUUUUGAAAGUACCUUGCGCGAGUCGUCUCGAAUCGUUUAAGUACAAAGAAGUAAAAAAAAAAGAAAAAGAAAGAAAGAAAAGAAGAAGAUGAUGAUAAUGAAGAAAAAGAAAUGCUCUUCUCGAUGGACGAGAUGCGUGCGAUCCACGUUCCACGCGAUUCAGAUACCAGGGUAUCGAGUUCUAGUUCGCGGAUUCGGUGAAGAAAUCAGGUUUCCUUUUUUGCGUUUGAGGCCAUCAACGACGAGCACCAUUGCGUGGGUUGUAUACGAACCAGGGGGAUUCACAGUGGUGAAUGGUAAAUUUGGGGAAAUCGCGUGUCACGCCUCUUUCGUUGAACCCUCGACAGGCAUUAAUGAGUUCCUGGAAUCAAAUUGGUUGUAAAAAGAAUUAUAUUUAAACGAUCGUUGCCUGCUCGAUUCGAAAGGUUGUAAGCGCAUCGGUGAAUCCCUUCGCGGUUCGUUUCCAAAUGUUUCUAUUUUUUAAACGAAUGAGAACGAUUUGCGAAUAAAAUUGCAUUCGCGAUCAUUUCGAUGGAUAUUUAUUGAAAACGGUGAGAACACAAAUAAACGAUAUAUACGCUUUGUUGCACUGAUUUUUCGGCUUGUACCGAUAUUACGUAUACACAUCUUUUACCGCUGUUUCGAAACGCUGUAAACACGAGAUGCAAGAGGACAUUGAUAGGUUGAAUUACGUUUUUAUCGAAGCUCAAACUUUUCAUGAAAUUUCGUAUUGUUUUAUAUAUAUAUAUACGUAUAUGCUUUGAUCGAUUCGAAGGAUUUCAUAUGUUUUAAUCAAUGGUUGAACGCGUGAAAUUCAAACGCACAGACGUAAAGACGACGAUUCUUCUUGCGUCGCGUGAAACGAGCGAAAUGUAAUUUAAAACGAAAAACUGCCAUUUUUAAUUAACGUAAUCGAUAACCUCGAAAGCGAUUGGUAAUUAUCGUAGCCGUAAAUUAUUCGUUGUCCUACCCUGCAAAACGAAUGUUAAAAAAAGAGAGAUAGAAGCUAUAGAGUAUGGAGGAAUGUGAGUUCGCAGCGAAAGCGGAUGUCCGGUUCGAUCGCAUUCUUAAAUUUCGCGAGUCUUUCGACACUGAUUAUAUACAAAAAUCGUUUCAAUUCGUUCCACGUUCCAUCGAAGUUGAAAUACCGUCUGUCAAAGAUGAACACGCUACAUUCACAAGCAGUACAUCUUAAAAAGCACAUAAUAUCCACGAUAUCAUUCAAUAGUGUAUACAUGGAGAAUUCAAAAUUUUAAUUUAUCGCUUUAUAUUUUAUAUAUGUGACAUUAAAAGACAUACAAAAUGUAGAAUACUAAAACAUAUUAUUUUGAAAUUUUAGAUACAGAAAAAAAGGCAACAUUAGCUUAUCCUACAUUUUAAAAUGUUAGUAAUCUAAAAACAAGAUCGACGCUGACUAUUAACUGAGACUGAAUUCAUUAAUCCAUCAUUUCAUUCCCUCUUUCUUCCUCUAAGUAAAAAUCAUAAAACCUUCUUCUUUCACUUAAUUCUAAGAUAUUUUGUCUCUAUUCAAACAUUUCAAUCGUUUAAACUACUCAAUAACAUAUCAACCACAUCUUUGGAGUUGUAAAAACCUGUUAUAUAUUAGUCUGAAUAUUUUAUAUUUAAUAAAAUAAUAAUUUCACCUGAAAAGUUAACUAUCGAUCCGGAUGUUAUGUGCUUUACAAGAUCAAAUGUACAUAGCGUAUACAUAAUAGAAAAAAUCGCGGUGGCGUGUAAUAUACGAAAUCUCAUUGCGAAGACGAUUCGCAAUGCCGAAAAGGAAGAUGCUUAUGUUUCGAGCCGCGUUGCUUGUUCACGGGCACGCGACCAUGCCACUUCGUUUCAAUCGAUUCGAUCCGAUUAAUUAAGCCCCCAUUCGAUUCGCCUAAGGCUUUCAGCCGUGUAUGCUUCACAGACAACGAAUCUCUCGACUUACCAAGCGACUCGCGACUGACAAUAGUUUCUGCGAUCCGUCGAUGCAAUUGUUUUAAGUGCAAAACUGUCGUCACGUAGGACAGGACUUAUAAAUCGUUGAAGAAAAGAGUAUUUGGCAUAAAAAAAGGAAGGAAGAAGAUGCGCUCGAACGAAUCGUUUCCCCUACUUGAACCUGUAAGGUACGCUCGUCACGUUGUUUAGAGCUAUUUAUCGAUUCUAAAUCCGAAGCGAGAUGUUACACAUCAAAACGAAAUAUUUUUGCGGUGCAAAAUUUUCGCAAAAUGAAAAGUCAGUUCCUCUGUGGCGUGUUGAGAUAUACGCGAGAUUUGGAGCCUAAAUCGUUGUACGAUUGUUUAUAUAGAACGAAUUUAUAUUAUAUAGAACGAUGCGAAAAAAUGUUAAGUGUGCUUGUAAGUGUGCUGUAUGAUGAUUUCCGGUGUUUACGAUAUUCGUUUGCGGUCACGCUGAAUAAGUCUUGUCUUACACGUUCGCACGCAUUCUACUUGAACCACCAAAGAAAUACACUCGCACGUAUUUCUUCUCCAAGCGCUUCUCCAAGGCACUUCUAUAAUGAGAAAGAAUGCAACGAUAAACUGUGGUCUAUAUUUAUCACAAGUUUUAGUAUUAAGUUUUGAAAGUUAGCGUUAACAGGUGCCAUUUUUGUGCCAUCACUUUCCUUCUUUUCAGGCAGCUAAAUAAGACGAAUAGAAAAAUUAUUCACCGUUAAAUUCCAUAACAAUUCGAGAUAACGAUUCUACUGAUAAAUUUUAUUGAUCUAUUGAAAAUGGAAACAAUCGGGUGAGCUCGCAGAAAGAAGAAAACGGAAGAAACGAGAAGGAAAAACGGAUAGAUCGAAUGAAAGCGAUGCCUAAUUUGAAGCGCGCAUAACUUAAGGAUCGCGCAACUCGAGAAAAGAAGCGCGAGACAAACGAGAGAAAAGGAAAGCAUUUUAGGCAAGACGUGUCGGAGUACAUAGACUUCUCGUGAAAGUAGAGCCAAUGGAGAAGAAACUAAUCGGGCGGGAAGCAAUGCUGCUUCAGUCAUCCGCGUAAAAGCAUACUUGCAGUUAUAAGGUUCUAAGUAAGAGUGAACAAAGAAAUUUAAAUAAUGCAAGACGAAACGAUGGAAGAAAACCAUACUGAAAGGCCUAGGUUGUCGCACUCGUUUGAAAAACUUUCCUGCAAGAAUGCAUACAAGAAGUAGCGUACAAUUGCUGUACACUCGUUUGUUGACGCGAAUAUAAGGGGAAAAAAGUCGAUUUGAUUUGUAUAUGUACACGGUGAGCCCGAGGUUCGUGCAAGGACAGGUGCAUUUACGUAUGAAUGAGGAAGAGAUCUGGCGAAAUCGAUACUCGUUUCUUUCUGGUUCAUAGUCAGUAGGCGCGAAUAAAUCAAUGGCCGUAUCACUUCAUUCUUGUAAACGCUAAUGUCCUCUGCGGCGAUCAUUGUUAUUAUACGAACGAACUCAAGACGGCAUGGUAUACAAGACUAAGAACAAGACCUAAAAUGGGGACAUAAUAUUUUAUAACUCAACUUUUGUACAGAAUAAAUAAAUACUUGUACUGUGGACCAAUA